AUGAAUCGCCUCGACCCAUUUCAUAUAAUGAUAGUUUCCAAAUAUUUUUCAACGUUCACCGACAUUAUUAACUUAAAUCUUGUCUGCAAAAAGUUUUGUAAUAACAUGAUGCAAUUUCAUUACAACCCGAUUCCUGUUACUCUGCAAACUCUUAAACACUUCCCUUCAUUGGAGACACUUUGUAUUUACUCAGAAAGAGAUGAACACUUUCUUGGAUAUAACUCAAACACAAAAAAUGAAAAAACAACACAACAUUUUGAUUGGUAUAACAACACCAAUUUCUUUUCUAUAUGUAUUUUUUAUGCAGUCCACUAUUCUAUUUUUAAAGAGGUUAAAUCCAAACCAAAUUAUUCUAAAAUUGUCUUCAAGAAUUUGGUAUACACGGUUUCUGAUAGAUUUAUAUAUAAAAAUGUUAUUCCAGAGAAUGUUAAAAGUUUAGCUGAAAAAUGUUUUGAAAGGGCGUUGUUGGAAACACCACCAUAUAUUCCAAUAUCAGUGACAUCCUUUUCAAAUAGUUGUUUUCGGGUUUGCUCAUCCUUGACUUCCAUCAAAUUGCCAAACAAUUUAAAAUAUCUUGGAGACUAUUGCUUCCAACGUUGUGUGUAUUUAUUAUCUAUUGAUAUCCCGAGUAGUGUCUCUAAAAUUGGAAGAACGUGUUUUGGGACGUGCAAACGAUUAUCCAAAGUGAAUUUUUGCAAAUGUGUUGAAGGUGACAUAAGUAACAAAAAAUGCACAAGAAUAAUAAAACUUGGAGGAUCAUGUUUUAUACAUUGUAUUUCUUUAUCAAAGAUAUUGAUUCCAGAAAGUGUGCUUAAAAUAGGUGGAAGCAUUUUUAAUGGGUGUUUGUCGCUUACAGAAAUUAAAAUGAAUGAAUGUACUUUAAUUACUUCAAUACCAGAAUUAGUCUUUAAAAAUUGUGUAUCUUUAAGUACAAUAGAGUUGCCUUCAAACAUCAAAAAUAUAGGCAGUGAAACUUUUCGAGGAUGUAGUUCAUUGGAAAUUAUUGAAAUACCAAAACAAGUGACACAAAUAGGAUAUUUGUGUUUCUUUGGAUGUGUGAGUUUAGAACAACUUGGUGUUGACACAAAAACAAUUCAAAUGGGGACAAAUGCUUUUAAAGGAUGCAAGAAACUUAAACUAAAUAGUCAAGAAAAUAAAACGUAA